UCUCAUGCCCAAAGAUUGGGGCUGGGAUGUGGUUUGGAGGCUGUGAAUAGACAGAAAGAAGAGAGGAGGGACAGGGAGAGAGAGGAGAGAAAGAGACGGAGAGAGAAGUCCCAUAGCUCCAAAGUCCAGACUCCGAGGAUUUUUGGGAAGAAAACAGGACAGAACUUUUGCAGAUGUGGUGCCUUAUCCUCUGCUUCUUCCUGGCCAGAGCUGAUGCAGCUCCCAUGUAUGGUGAGAUCUUAUCUCCCAACUACCCUCAGUUAUAUCCCAAUGAUGUGCACGAGUCCUGGAAUGUCACAGUUCCCUUAGGAUAUGGCAUCCGUCUCUACUUUACCCACCUGGACAUUGAACCAUCUCAGGACUGCGAGUAUGACUUUGUGAAGAUUCUGUCUGGUCACCACGUUGAGGGCAUUCUCUGUGGGCGAAAGACAAGUCGUGUCCCCAGUUCCCCGAUCCUGGAGGAAUUCUAUGUCCCUUACAACUCUCUGACUGUGACCUUCCAAUCAGACUUUUCCAAUGAACAGCGUUUCACUGGUUUUGCUGCCUACUAUGUUGCAGUGGAUGUGAAUGAAUGCACAGAUUUUGUGGAAGAAGCCUGUAGCCACUACUGCAAUAACUACAUUGGUGGUUACUUCUGCUCCUGCCCUCCAGACUACUUCCUGCAAGACGACAAGAAAACUUGUUCGGUGAACUGCAGUGGAAAUGUGUUCACCGAGCUGUCUGGAGAAAUCACCAGCCCCAACUACCCCAACUUGUAUCCAGAGAAUUCGCGCUGUCAGUACCGUGUGGUCCUGGAGCCAGGCUACCGUGUGGUGUUGAACUUUCGGAAUGGGGACUUUGAUGUGGAACCAGCUGACUCGGAAGGGAAUUGCCAUGACAGCUUAAAAUUCAUUGCUGGAAAACAGCAUUAUGGUCCCUAUUGUGGUAACAGAUUUCCAGGGCCUUCAGAAAUUAAAACCAGGAGCAACAUUCUGGACAUCAUCUUCCGAACAGACAGAACAGGGCAAAGCAAAGGCUGGAAAAUACGUUACUAUGCAGACCCCAUACCCUGUGUCCAGAGUGUCACCCCCAACUCCAUUCUUGACCCCAGGAAGGACAGCUAUAUCUUCAAGGACUACGUGACGGUGACCUGUGUAGAAGGCUAUGAGGUUGUAAUGCCACGCGGAAGCCUAAGAACCUUUCACUCUACAUGUCAGCAUAAUGGAGAAUGGAGCAACUCUAACCUCAAAUGUGUCCCUGUGGACUGUGGUAUUCCUGACCCUAUUAACAAUGGCAGAGUCAUCUACUCUUCGGGAUCUGAGGAGACUCACUACAAAGCUGUUAUUCACUAUGUCUGUGAAAAGCCUUAUUACUCCCUGAAAACCAGAGGCGAUGGAGCUUAUCAGUGUUCAGCCAGUGGAAGAUGGGUCAGCAAAGACAUGGGAACAGAGCUGCCAACAUGUGUCCCAGUCUGUGGCAUUCCUAGCGCCCCGAUCCAAGAUACAGGGAGGAUUUUUGGGGGCACCCGGGCUGAAGAAGGCAACUUCCCCUGGCAAGUCUUUUUUCGAGACCCACGAGCAGGUGGGGCACUUAUUUCUGACCGCUGGGUGCUGACUGCAGCUCACGUGGUGGAUGAAAAGGAAAAGCCUGACAUGUAUGCUGGGAUAAUUAAUAUCAGCCAGCAGUCCCUGAAUCAGGGCACUCAUCUGGAGGUAGAGGAUUCAUUUGUUCACCCUCUCUGGAUAAAGACAGAAAAUUUACAUGGUAGAACAAGAACAGACUUUAAUAAUGACAUUGCCUUGCUGAGGCUGAAGGAGCCUGUGAAGAUGAGUCCUAAGAUCUCACCUAUCUGCUUGCCUGAAAAAUCCUCUGAGUAUGAGCCACAAAUUGGGGUUCUGGGCUACAUAGCUGGUUGGGGGAGGACAGAGAAUCGGGUAAGAGUCCAGCGUCUCUUCAAGGCACGGAUUCCUGUGGUAGCCAUGGAAAAGUGCCGUUCUGUGAAGACAGAAAUAGACACAGUUGAUUCCAGCACUUUCCAGUACACAGACAACAUGAUCUGUGCUGGGACUGGCCAGAAGGACAGUUGUGAAGGGGAUAGUGGUGGGGCUUAUGCCAUGCAAGAUCCCCAUAAUGAGGAAAAAUACUAUGUAUCUGGCCUGGUUUCCUGGGGACCAAAGUGUGGUACCUAUGGUCUUUACACCAAGGUGGUACGUUAUGUGGACUGGAUCAGAGAGACCAUAAGCCAGUAUGAAAAGACUGUAGCUUCACAGACAUAGAGCCUUUCCACCCCCUGGUGCUGCCAGCCUUACCAUGUGCUGAGGGUCAGCUGCCAAAGCAGGCUGCCUGACCAUGAUUCUAUUCACUUUUUGCAUAAAACAAGCCACCUGACUAAUUGUGCCAGACUGGAGUCAGGAACAAAUGGACUUUUCCAUUGUAGCUUCAUCAGAGAGGGGUCUUUGUCUUUCAAGUCUCCACUUGAAGUAGCAGAGCAGGAGCAGAGAGCAUUCUGGGUAGGGGCCCCUUUUCAUCCUUUCCCAUAAAGUUCUCUGUUCCUUGGUAUUCAGAGAGGAGCUAUCUAUGCCUCAUCAUCUGCAUGUUAGCUCUGCAGCAGACACAUCAAUGGGAACAAGACAGGGUCAUUGCUAAUCCUCAAGGUUCAGAGUUUGGCCAAUCAUCAUGAAAAAGAGGCACUGCACCUUUUUGUCACUGGAACCAUAGAGGUUCAGAGGUUUCAGCUUUCUAUAUUUCCUGCAGCACACAUUAUCUAACUGCAUUAAAGGAUCACUAAAUCACC